GAAUCGUUUUGCCGAGAGUGCCAACCUAGAAUGCUCGCCUGACUUGUUUUCCAUAGCAGUCUCCCACCACUCCCUUGAAUUAAACGUAGCCUUUCAAAUGAUGCCUGAAUUCUUCACCCUCUUCUUCUCCCACAAGUCUCAUGUUUCCAAGAUUCUCCUCUCACCCCUCUACUCUAUCAUCAGGCGUAUGCAACAUUUCAACAUUCCUUUAGCCGCCCUCUUCGUUCUCCGAAGUCCCGAUCGUUUAAACCUUAAAUUUACCCCUCCAGGGAAUGAAAUGCCAUUGCUUCGUAAUAUGUCAAUGACACAAACCAUCAAGGAGUAUAUGGGCCAAAUCAAUUUGGAAACCUUUGUUUCAAUUGAUUCAGAAGUGUUUAGAAGCAUCGUGAUCGAGUUUCGUGGUUACGUAGUUUAUGUUCAUCAAACGAGUUCAAACGUCACGUUUUCGAUUGAGAUUAAACAUAUCGUUCUUGAACAAGAGGAAGGAGAAUGCAUAAUUGGAGGAACGGAAGGGGCACUAACUGAUUUCCUAAUACCUCUAUGUCCAUGGCAUGUUUUUUAUACUAUAACGUAUCAUUCGAAGAGGGUAUGGCUGUUUAAGGCAAUCGAUAGGAGUACUAUGAUCGUUGCUCCCGUUGGACUGUAUGCACAAUAUUCGAUGUAUUUUCCUCUUGGAUGAAUAUAU